AAGAAGAAAGAACAAAGUUGAUGGAAGAAGUUACAGGAAACAAACGCAAGAUGAAAGAACUUGAAGACAAUCUCCUUUUUAAACUCACAUCGACUCAAGGCUCCCUUGUUGAGGAUGAGUCCCUUAUACAGGUGCUUGCCAACACCAAAGUGACAGCUGCAGAGGUCAGUGAGAAGUUAGUGAUUGCCUCUGAGACUGAAAUCAAAAUUAAUGGAGCAAGAGAGGAGUACAGACCAGUUGCAACUAGGGGCAGUAUCCUGUACUUCUUGAUUGUUGAAAUGAGCAUGGUGAAUGUCAUGUACCAGACAUCACUUGGACAGUUCCUUGGUGUCUUUGAUAUCUCACUAGAGAAAGCUGCCAAGAGCCCUGUUCCUGCCAAGCGUAUUGCAGCCAUUAUAGAAACCAUGACAUAUGAAGUGUUCAGAUACACUGCUAGAGGUCUUUAUGAGGUGGACAAGUUUUUGUUCACAAUUCUGAUGACAUUGAAAAUUCAACUGCAACAGGGUCAUAUCAAGCAUCAAGAAUUCCAGGUGUUUAUUAAAGGUGGUGCAGCCCUAGAUUUGAAUUCAGUGGAACCCAAACCUAAGAAGUGGAUCCUGGACAUGACAUGGUUGAAUCUGGUGGAGUUAAGCUCUAAGAUUCCAAUGUUCUCACAGAUUCUGUCCCAGGUGGGCAGGAAUGAUAAGGCCUGGAAGAAUUGGUUUGAUGAAGAUGCACCUGAAGAUGCCCCUAUACCAGAUGGCUAUGGCAGUGUACUGGACACCUUCCACAAAUUGUUGCUUAUAAGAUCUUGGUCCCCUGACAGGACAACUCCAAUGGCUCGUAUCUAUGUGGCUGAUGCUAUGGGCCCACAGUAUGCAGAGAGUAUCAUCACCAGUCUUGAAGGCAUGUGGGGAGAGUCUGACAAACGCACCCCAAUGACCUGUUUCCUUUCCAUGGGGUCUGAUCCAACAGAGAAUAUUGAACGCCUUGCCAAGAAACUUGCAAUUUCAAUUGAUGCCAUCUCUAUGGGUCAAGGACAGGAGGUUCAUGCAAGGAGAUUGCUAGCCAAGGCUGCCUCGCAAGGAAGCUGGGUCCUACUACAGAACUGCCAUCUUGGUCUGGAUUUCAUGGAUGAACUUCUUGAAACGGUUCUAACAGCAGAAAAUGUCAGUCCUGAAUUCAGGGUCUGGAUAACAACUGAGCCCCACCCACAAUUCCCAAUCAACCUCCUACAAGCGUCAAUCAAGUUUACAAAUGAACCCCCACAAGGUAUGAAGGCGGGGCUUAAACGAACAUAUGCCGGUAUUAACCAAGAAAUGUUAGACGUCACAAAUAUGCCACAAUGGAAACCAGUAUUAUAUGCAGUCGCAUUCUUACACUCAUGUGUUCAGGAGCGUAGAAAGUUUGGGCCAAUUGGAUGGAAUAUUCCCUAUGAGUUCAACCAAUCAGAUUUCAAUGCUGUCGUCCAGUUCGUGCAAAAUCAUCUCGAUGAUAUGGAUGUCAAAAAGGGUGUUUCAUGGAGUACUGUGCGUUACAUGAUCUGUGAGAUCCAAUACGGAGGUCGUGUCACAGAUGAUUAUGACAAACGCCUUCUUACAACUUAUGCCAAGGUUUGGUUUGGUGAACCAAUGUUUGCUGACAGUUUCCAAUUCUACACAGGUUACAAGAUUCCCAAAUGCAAGAACAUAGAUGAAUACAGGCAGUCCAUAGAGGCCAUGCCCCUCAAUGAUAGCCCAGAGUGCUUCGGACUGCAUCCUAAUGCUGAUAUCACAUACCAGACUAAUACAGCGACCACUAUGUUAGAUACGAUUGUGAGUAUCCAGCCCAAGGACUCAGGUGGCGGUGGAGGUGAGACCAGAGAGGCUGUUGUAUACAGACUGGCUGAUGAUAUGUUGGAGAAACUACCUGCUGAUUAUGUUCCGUUUGAGGUGAAAGAGCGUCUAAGAAAGAUGGGUCACCUACAGCCAUUGAACAUCUUUUUGAAGCAGGAGAUAGACAGAAUGCAGCGUGUUAUAAAAAAUGUACGCAACACACUUAAUGACCUGAAACUCGCUAUUGAUGGCACUAUCAUUAUGAAUGAGGAUUUGAAAGAUGCUUUGGAUAAUAUGUAUGAUGCUAGGAUUCCAAACACAUGGAAAAAGAUAUCCUGGGAAUCUGCUACAUUAGGGUUCUGGUUUACAGACCUUUUAGAGAGGAACACACAGUUCAGUACUUGGGUAUUUGAUGGCAGACCCACUAUGUUCUGGAUGACUGGUUUCUUCAACCCACAAGGCUUCUUAACUGCUAUGAGGCAAGAGAUCACUAGAGCACAUAAAGGUUGGGCCUUAGACUCCGUCAUAUUGGCUAAUGAUGUCACUAAGUACAUGAAGGAAGACAUCAACAACGCACCAUCUGAAGGUGUAUAUGUACAUGGUCUGAUGUUGGAUGGUGCAGGUUGGGAUCGUCGUAACUGUCGCCUUAUGGAGCCAUCCCCUAAGGUUCUGUACACCCCUCUCCCUGUUGUACACAUCUAUGCAGUGAACCAGGAAAAUACAAAGGCCACAAAUCUAUACAGGUGUCCAGUUUAUAAGAAACCAAAACGAACGGACUUGACGUAUAUUUUCCCAUUGUCUCUGAGGACCAAUAAGGAUCCAGAUCAUUGGAUCUUGCGAGGUGUUGCACUGCUGUGCGAUACAAAAUAAAUGAUGUGAUGAGUUUUCUCAUGGAUGAACAUUUCCUUAUUUAUGCCAGUUGGGUCACAUUUGAAGCCAGGGGACUAUCUACGCGUGAUGAGAUUAAAAUUUAAAUGAAUGAAAUAUGGAGAAAUCCCAACAAUUGAUCACCAUUUCAUAUUUAGCAUAAUUGAGUUUGGAAUAACUGUUUUCUUUAUUUUAUAUAAAAUGCUUAUUUUUAUUAUCCUAUUACAUACCAAAAAAUAUUUUACAAUUUUCCGAGCCAAAUAUUUAUACUAAGCUUUAAAACAACCAAAGUGAGAUGUACAUACUGGUAUAGCAUAUAUUUGUAUAAUCAUUUCCAAUUAUAUAAUAACAAUACCGUCCAAUCACCAAGCAGUAUUUAUCAAUGGAGAUUUCAUAAACGUAAACUUUUAGAAUAUAACUCAUAGAUAUCUGUGAUUUGAUUGGUGUAAAAUAACGAUUUUCUGUGAACCAAUCAGAUAACAGGCAUCUAUAUAUUCUAAGUUAGCGGUUUUCGCAUUAUGGAAAAUUCAUGUAAUCCCACAAGUCACAAUGUAGUUAGAUUUAUAUUUUUUGUAACACUAUGUUUUUGAAACACUAUGUUUAUUUUAGAUUCUGUACAAUUAUUUACAAGUAUAAAGUGUGAACUUGAACUGUAGGACUGUAUGUUUAUAAUAUUUAUGUUGCAUAAUAAGGGGAACAGUGGAACUUGUCUAUGUAAAUACUUGUCAAAUAUGGACACAUUAAAUGUGAAAAACUGACUUCCAUGAUUGGCUGACUGACCACUUUUGAGGCCUCAAUAUAAUAGGGAUUAUGGAGUUCACUUUAGACUGGUUUCACUGUACACCUGAAGCCAAUGGACCGAACCCAAUGGUACAUUUUUCAAGGGGUUGUUUCU